AUGGUGGCUUCCGUCGGCCAUUCUUGUGAAAAAUCUGUGGAUUUGCUGUCACACUUCAUGAACUAUAAGGUCAGUGGGGCUUGUCCGGAUGAUUGGAGUCUUGGGCAGAAGCUGAUUUUGAGGGGCUGUGAGCCUUUGCCAAGGAGGAGGUGCUUUUCCAAGACUAUACCUAAGGUGGGUUUGCAACCUUUUCCUAUUUCUCUUUGGAGCAACACUAGUGAAAAGAUUUAUAGUUGGAGUGGCCUUGCUUGCAAGAACUUUGCUUGUUUGAAUGCUAAGAAAUUGAACAGAGAUUGUGCUGGUUGCUUUGAUAUAGUUAGUGGGUAUGAGACUCAGAAAUAUGUUAAGGCUAGAGGGAAGAAUGAUUUUCUGCUUCAUGAUGUGCUCUCAAUGGGAAAUGGUGGAAUCAGGAUUGGGUUUGAUAUUAGUGGUGGCUCUGGAACUUUUGCUGCUAGAAUGGCUGAGAGGAAUUUAACUGUGGUGACUGCAUCUUUGAAUAUUGAAGCACCUUUCAAUGAGUUCAUUGCUUCAAGAGGGCUUUUUCCGCUUUAUAUAAGUUUGGAUCAUCGAUUCCCCUUUUAUGACAAUGUGUUUGAUCUGGUUCAUGUUGGAAAUGGACUGGAUGUUGGUGGCCGCCCUGAGAAACUGGAAUUCUUGAUGUUUGACAUUGAUCGGGUUCUUAGGUCCGGAGGGCUGUUUUGGUUGGAUAACUUUUAUUGUCAGAGUGAUGAUAAGAAAAAGGCUUUAACUCGGUUGAUCGAGGCAUUUGGAUACAAGAAGUUAAAAUGGGUUGUGGGAGAGAAGAGCAAUGGGUCAGAAAAGUCGGAGGUGUACCUGUCUGCUGUCUUACAGAAACCAGUUAGAGCAUAA